CAGGCGGCUGUUUAAACUGCUGCAACCUUCAGUCAGGACGUGAGGACCAAACUCUGCAACAUGACCAGGAAACUACAGAAUACCAGUUUGGAGGAUGGGAAGAGUAGGAAAAGGGUUCUGAAACCCGUUGUGGAAAAGAAAAGAAGAGAUCGAAUAAAUCAAAGUCUAGGUGAACUGAGAAGUUUGCUGUUGAAGCACACGUCUGAUCCCCGGCUUCAGAAUCCUAAAAUAGAGAAAGCAGAGAUUCUUGACUUGGCUGUGGAAUACGUCCAGACGUGGACCGAUGGGAACAACCACAGAAAGGAAUCCAACGCUCCUGCUCUUGUCACCAUAGAGGGUGCAGGUUUUCAGCAGUGUGUGGCCCAGCUGACCAGCUACAUGAAUAAAAUCCCCCCGGCACAGAGGAGAAGCUUGAUCGAGGGGCUCAAACAUCACACAGAAAGCCAGCAGCCCAAUACCAUCACACCAGAAUUUAACCCCAGAGUGACCGACGUGGUCAAAGCAACAGAUGGAUUAUCCGGGGAGUUCAUUUGCACAUCUGAGAGGAGAGAAGAGUCUCCUAAGUUUCCUUCCCACUCCACGUUUCAGCCUCUCGCGUGCUCCACACCCUGUCACGACUACCUGUCCCCCCCUCCCUCCCCCUGGCUCUCGCCCUCCUAUUCCACAUACGCCACCUCUCCUCCUUUCCCGUCAUUUGCCUCUCACUUCUCAUUCCCCCCGAGCCUGUCACCUAUGUCCUCCAACACCUCCUUCUUCAGUUUCUCGCCACCUCUCUCUGGGCCUUCUGCCCUCCACUGCCCCCCUCUCCUCACACUCAGGUCCCCUCCACACCCUGCACAGAGGGGGGGCCAGCCACCAAACUCUUCCUCCUCCAUUUGGAGACCUUGGUGA